UUAAAAGAAGAAUUUGAACACUUGGAUAAACUUGGGCAUAAUAUUUGUGAAUCCCUACUUAGUUAUAAUAAAGAGUACUGGUGUACGACUUAUUUUAGUAAAACUGUUAGGUGUGACGUUGUUGAAAAUAACAUGUGUGAGAUAUUUAACUCUUGGAUUGUGGGUCCUAGGCAUAAAUCAGUAAUUAGUAUGCUUGAAGACAUUAGACAUAAGAUAAUGAAUGGACAUGGGAAUAUGAUCAAAUUUGCUGAAACUUGGAUCAAUGACAUUUCACCCACGGCAAGAUUAGCUUUAGAAGAAAAUAAAGAAGUUGGUAGGAGAUUAAAAGUAAUGUGGAAUACUGAUACUGGCUUUGAAAUUGAGGAAGGGGAAUAUAUGUUCAUUGUUGACAUGGUUAGGAAAAUAUGUAGUUGCAGACUGUGGCAGUUGAGGGGUAUCCCUUGUGCCCAUGUUUGCAUUAUCCAUAUUGGGGAAGAUCCAGAAGAUUUUGUUGAGCAUUGAUAGAGAAAAGAUAUAUACCUGAAUGCUUACAAGUACUUCAUUCAACUAAUCCCCAAUAUAAAGAUGUGGCUUGAAUCAAAUAACCCACCAGUUGAGCCACCUGAAGUUAAAUCAAUACCUGGUAUACCCAAGAGAUGUAGGAAAAAGGAAAAAGAUGAACCAAGAAAAAAUAAAUGGGGAAAAGCAUCAAAGAAAAGAGCCAAGAUGACAUGUUUUAACUGCUACCAAAUUGGCCACAACAAAAAAGGGUGCAAAUCAGGGCCUCAAGAAAGACCAAGAACAACAACUGAAGCAACACCAAACAGUCAACCUAGUACUCAACAAUCUAGUACAACUACUGAAGCAAUGCCAAUGAGACAACCUAAUACCCAACAUUCUAGUGUUCCUUAUUUUUUGUAUCAAGAUACUACAAGAGUUAGAAAUAAUACUUCUACUGGGAGAGGUAGAGGGAGACGAUUAGGAAUAGGAGUUGGUAGAGGAAAUAGAAGGGGAACUGGUAUAGGAAGGGGAACUAGUUUAGGAAGGGGAAGGGGGUUGGUUCUGAUUCAACAAGUACAACAAUCAGUGUACCUACUGGAUUUGCUACUGCUGCUCCUCUUCAUGCUGCUACUAAAUCUGUUUCUGCUAUUGUUGGAAAAAAAAAUAAGAGAACUGGGAUUUGACAUUUACACAGACACACAAUCUGGAAGACAAGUUCUUAAUGUAAGCUCUUUCACAUUUCUAUAUGAUAGCUAUUUUCUAAGUUAUUAAUAAAUUGCCUAAUAGAUAUCACUCUAAAUUUAUAACCGGAAACACUAAGUGAAAGAGUUAUCUCUAGUGGGAGACAAUUAAAGAAUGCAUCACUUACCAAUAUUGAUCUUGGAUUCAAGCUACCUGGAUUGAAAUGGAAGGAAAAAGCUGCUAUUACUAAAAACCAACUUCAACAACAAAAAGAGAUGCAAAUGAAAAGAAAAAGGCUCAUUAGAUAAGAUUUCACUUUAUGUAGUUAGUUCAAGUGUUUUGUCUAAUUUGAUUUUCAUGAACCUAAAACUACAGUUUUAGUUAUUUUCUAUUAAAGCAAUGUUUUAGAUGUAUGUUUGACAUUUUAUUUUGUGACUAUUG